UUCAUUCUUAUUCUGGAACAUAUCAAGCUACACAACAAAAACUGAAUUAAUAUAGUUAGGUAAACACGACAAUAUCCCAGCAUAAAUACGACUCUACGUCAAGCAUUUCAUUACCUACCAAUUUACAUUUCAUCAUGGAGCUUCAAUUCCUAUCUUUUCCUCUACUAUUCACUACCCUUAUCUUCAUCCUCGUCGGGUUAAAAAUCGCGAAGAAAUCAAAGUUUUCCGAUCUUCCUCCGGGUCCAUGGAAGUUGCCUCUCAUUGGAAACUUACACCAGCUUGCAUUUGCUGGCUCUCACCCUCACCGGAGUCUCCGAGCUUUCGCCAACAAAUAUGGAAGUGUUAUGCAUCUUCAGCUGGGAGAAAUUUCGACGAUUGUCAUUUCAUCGCCGGAUUCUGCUAAACAAGUGAUGAAAACUCACGAUGUUGUCUUUGCUCAACGACCCUUUAUUUUGUCUAUCGGAGUUUUAAGUUACAAUUUUACGAAUAUCGCGUUUUCCCCUAACUCAGCUUACUGGAGACAGCUCCGAAAGAUUUGUGUUACUGAAUUGUUAAGCGCGAAACGCGUUCAAUCUUUCAGAUCAAUCAGAGAAGAGGAAAUGUCUAAUCUGAUAGCUGCAAUUUAUACUUCUUCUGGAAAACCAUUUAACUUGAGUAGGAAGAUAUUUUCUUCAACAUAUGGUAUUACUGCCAGAAUUUCUUUUGGCAAAAAAUGUGAAGAUCAAGAGGCAUUUAUUUCCGUAGUUGAUGAAAUUUUAGAGGCAGCUUCAGGAUUUGGUAUCGCGGAUUUGUUUCCGUCGUUUAAAUUUCUUCAUCAUAUUAGCGGGACGAUGUCUAAGCUCAGAAGAAUUCAGGGUGAAGCAGAUAAGAUUCUUGAAAGCAUCAUUGCUGACCAUAGAGCUAGCAAAAGAAUUGCAGUGGCUGGUGAUGAUCAAGAAGAUCUUGUUGAUGUUCUUUUAAGGCUUCAGGAGCAUGGAAAUCUUGAAUUUCCUUUGACUACCGAUAAUAUUAAAGCUGUUCUUCAGGAUAUAUUCGUCGCUGGAAGUGAUACAUCAUCAACAACAGUAGAAUGGGCUAUGUCGGAAAUGUUAAAGAAUCCAAGAACAUUGGAAAAGGCACAAGAAGAGGUAAGGAAGCUAUGUAGUAAAAAAGGAAAUGUAAAUGAGACUGAUCUUCAAGAAUUAGAAUAUUUAAAAUUUGUAAUCAAAGAAACACUGAGAUUACAUCCUCCUGCACCGUUACUAAUUCCAAGAGAAUCCAAAGAGACAUGUGAGAUUAAUGGGUACAAAAUCCCAUUGAAUUCUCAAAUUAUCGUUAAUGCUUGGGCAAUCGGAAGAGAUCCAAAUUAUUGGCCCGAAGCUGAGACUUUCUAUCCAGAGAGAUUUAUCGACAGCAACAUCGAUUAUAAAGGAAAUAAUUUUGAAUAUAUACCGUUUGGUGCUGGAAGGAGAAUGUGUCCUGGAAUAUUGUUCGGCAUAGCUAAUGUUGAACUUCCACUUGCUCAACUUCUAUAUCAUUUUGAUUGGAAACUUACUGAUAUGCAAAAGCUUGAAACUCUAGAUAUGACCGAAUCGUUUUCUAUUUCGGUUAGAAGAAAACAUGAUUUGCAGCUGAUCCCUAUUCCAUAUCGUCCUCCAUCCGCUUGAUGCUAGAGAUGAUCAACCGGUUAUAAAAACUGAAGGUGACAAUUAUAUGCAAUUCAGUAGUUCAUCCGUAUUUAUUAUCUUAUUGUAAUCUCGGUGUUACCGAUUAGUGAAAAAGGCUUUCAAUUUUACUUAUUGAGAUAUGGAAUUAAAUUUAUGCUAGACAUUUUAUUGCAAUUUA